AAAUCUAUUUCAUUUGUACACACUUCACGGGAGAACAACGUGAGUUUUCUGAAAAACAAGUGAAUACGAAUACGAAGGUUGUAAUAUUCGCAAGUCAUGAGGCGUUUUAUCCCGUCCAUCCCCCCCACGGAAACACUUUAACCAGACCAGGUGUUGUGGACGAGAGACGAGUGUUUCUCUUAGGAUGCCUACUUAUGUGUGCAAAUGGCGAAAUAUUGGUCGCUGCAAAUACGGAUUAUAAUAUUAACCAGGCGAGCAGGCGGGCUGAGAUCUCCUAAAUGCACCGUACAUCAAGAACUAAGCUCACACAAGUACGUAUUACCCCAACAUGGUAAGCGAAUGAGAUUGCCGACUUUGUUUUGGUUUCGAACGAGCGAUCACGAGCUCUGACGGCAAUCGAGGCCGGGCCAAGUGCGGCGUUCUACUGGAAACGGAAUAGAUCGUACGAUAGUUUACAAUGCGCGCUUCCAUGCGAAUAUCAGACGAUCAAGUGAACCAUCUCGGUGCUUUAGCAAAGCAGAAUUUCACCAUGAGCGGCCAGUUGUAUUUGAAGGCUACAGACCCAGGCAAAUGGUACCUAAAGUGGGUAAAGCUAUACCAGAACUUUUUAUUUUUCUACGAUACAAAGGACACGGCAACAGUAACGGGACUUGUUCUUCUUGAGCAUUCAACAUGUGAGCGGAUCUGCGUGGUCAACGUUAGAGAUUUGGAGUGCCAGGACUUUAAUAAAGCAAAGGAAGAUCCAGGAAAAAAAGAGAAUUGUUUUGUUGUGAGCAUUCCCUAUGGCGAGAAGCAGCAGCAGUCCAUCACUUUGCGGUGCUCCACAGAUGUGCUAUGCAUGGCCUGGAUAGAAAACAUCAGGAAGUCAAGUUAUGCAGAGCUUAAACUUUGUAAAGAGGAGAUGGAGCAAAAAAGCAUCCACUUAACCCAAGUACUGGAGAGCGAAAGGACGGCAAAAUGGCAACUUAUGCAGCAGUGUGAAGAACAAGCAGACAUAAUAACCAGCCUUAGGGCAGAGGUUGCUAGUUUAAGGCGAGAGAAGAUAGACGGAAUAAAAGAAGAGGAAAGUGAAGAAAUCAAGAGCAUAAAAAAGGUCCAAAGCCUUAUCCGAGGAUGGCUUUGUCGUCGACGUUGGUACAACAUCGUGCAAGAUUACAUUAGGUCCCCGCACGCAGAGAGCAUGCGCAAACGGAACUACACUUGCUUCAAGCUGCUGGAGACAGAGAAGGAAUACCUGGAAAACCUCUCCACUUUAGUCUCGUGUUUCUUUAGACCCUUCAAAAUGGCUGCCAGCUCAAAAAGACCCCCAAUAUCACACGAAGAAGUCAGCUCCAUAUUUCUGAAUAGUGAGACGAUUCUAUUUCUGCAUCAAAUAUUUUUCAAAGGCCUCAAUACCAGAAUGGAGAGCUGGCCAACACUUGUACUUGGUGAUCUGUUUGAUAUGCUGCUCCCGAUGUUAAGUAUCUACCAGGAGUAUGUGCGCAAUCACCACUAUAGUUUACAGACGCUAACAGAGUGCAAGCAGCGAUCAGCAUUUAAUCGACUUCUGAAAGUGUACGAAGAAAAGCCGGUGUGCGAGGGACGGACGCUUGAGUCUUACCUCACCUUCCCAAUGCAUCGGGUCCCCACCUACAUCAUCACGCUGCACGAGCUUCUCGCCCUGACCCCUCACGACCAUGUUGAGCGGGGCGCCCUGGAAUACGCGCAAAGCGUGCUUGAACAGCUCUCCACCGUGAUGCAUGACGAAGUCAGCGAGACAGAGAACAUCCGGAAAAACCUGUCAAUCGAGAGACAGAUCGCGGAGGGCUGCGAAAUGCUGCUAGACGUCAAUCAGAUCUUCAUCAGACAAGGAAGCCUGAUCCAGAUCACGGAAAACCGUAAGGGCAAGUCCUUCGGCGGGAUUUCCCUCAAGUCAUCCGACACACGCAAGGAGAGUGUGCGCCAGUGCUUCCUAUUCUCGGGAUACCUGUUGCUGACGACGCGGUCAUCCAGCGGUCGGCUUCACCUGGGAAAGAACGGCGCCACCAUCCGUCUAGUAGACGCUACGCUUGUGGAUGACUGUUAUGAUGAAGGUGACGGCGAGCUGCUUUGUGGAGUUCGCUCAACGUCUGAGUGCAACGACAGCGAAGAGCUCUCUUUCCGUCUGAUCGUGCGACCGAAGGACAAGGGAGAAUCACCGCUGACCAUAACGCUGAUGGCACCGUCGCUCCAGGAGAAGGCCGCCUGGACAAGCGAUAUAAGUCAGUGUAUAGAGAACUUGACCCUUGCCGAGGAUGCGGAUACGGUCUCCGUGACGUCACGCCAGAGUUUGCACAGCGUCAGAUCUGACUCCCGUCUUUUCACCGACGACACAGAAAUAAAAUACUGCAAAGCGCUCAACUCCUGCAAACUUCCCAAGAUUCGAUACGCCAAACUUGAGCGUCUAUUCGAGCGGCUUCUAGACGUGCGCUUUUUGAGUAUCGACUUUCUGAACACGUUCCUGAUCACGUACCGUGUCUUCACGCACGCUACGAACCUCCUGGAUACGCUAGUCGCGUUUUACUACACGCGAAGCUCGAAGGAUUCACCAUCUGCGCUAAGCGACGUGUUCUCGCCGGGCGGACGCAAGACGCGUUCGGUCUCCCUGCCAACCGAGGCGCUCAAUUUACAGAACCUUCAGAACGAGAGGAGAAACGCUAACAACUGCCGCCUGAAUCGCGCAAAGCAGACCGCCCCGCAGGACAUCUCCAUCACAGUAUCUGAUGUAAAGAUGUCUAACGAGGAACGAGAGUCUCCAUGUGAGGAGGAGGCGAUGGACGAGUUAUCAUCCUGUCGCCUGAUGCCAUCGAGUUAUCACUCGUAUCGACGGCACUCCUCGCCCUCAGCACUCGGCGAGACCGCGGCUUUUGAAUUUCCCGCAAACAGCUGUGAGGCCAUGAGUCCGACAGAAGAAACAGUAGAUCCAUCCACCAACAAAAACCAAAGCUCUCCUUUCCUUACGUGUGUGACAAACGUUCGGUCUCGUUCUCAGAGCACGGCAUCCGACCUAACCCCCACCCCCAGAGAUAUCUCCACCCCGACCUACCCCUCCCUGUCCUCGUCGCCAGAGGAAGGGUCGUGCUUUCAACUCCAAUCCCCGCCAAGGCGCAUCACUCGACACCGUGCAUGCUCUUCAGGGCACAUCCUCGUAACGUCACCAACUGUUGAUUACGAAGAUCCACCGGAUAUCAUGAGCAGCAGGUGCGUUUCAACUUCGCUCGGCGCUCCGCCCAACACCCCCCUAGUCAAUGCAUCGUCAUCGCAGAACUUAAGGGAGUCGCAUGCCUCGGAUCAGGGGGAGGGCGCGGUCGAGAAGGCGAAGAGGAAGGUUCUGAGUGUGAUGGGCUUCUCUCACGAGGGAGACGAGGUUUUCACCUCACGCCAGCGUUCACCGAGACCUAGGCGAAGAUCGUCUCCCAAUGUGCACCGCGAACGUAGUCCCGAGGUGUUCGACUCCAGCCGGCCACCGCUGGUCAGCGAGGAAGACUUGUCACUCAGUCCUGAACUACCGCGGGCGUGCUUCCCGGCAUCCACUUCGCGCUUCGCUAAAAUCGUCAAAGAUGCCGAGGAACGCCUUGCAGGAAUCACGACAACGCGCCGACCCAGUUCCCCAAGUCUCUUUCCAGAUAGACGGCCAAGGUCUCCCGUUUCACCAUUAGGAUCUCCUCGUUCUCCCCGGUCGCCCCUUUCUCCUUCGACUAAUGCCGGCGUAGUAGUGACUAGUUCCAAGCCCUCGCGUCGCAGGUCAAGCAUAUCACAAGCCGCUGCCGCCUUCGCUGCAGCCACCGCGGGCGCGUCAACCUCACCAAACAAUAUCGCAAGUUCACCGACCAUCCAGAGAUUUCGAUUUGGUUUGACGGUACGCCACAUCCUGUCACAUGACACGCAUCUCGCCACGAUGAGAGUUUUAACAAUAGUCAGACACUGGGUCACAAAGCACCCCGAGGAUUUUGAGACGGACACAGUAUUGAAAGACCAGCUCAUUGCUUUCAUGGAAGAGAUUCUGAACUAUGAGGGUUCUUCGAAUCUUGAACAGCGGUUUGCCGCCGCAAUUAUUCGGACUCUUGGUAUAAAACAGGGCCAGAAGGGCCCCAUGGAGAUGGACCUUGCUCCAGACGAGCAGGUGGACCCGAAUAGCUUCGACAAGAUCUCGUCAUCUCAGCUCGCGGAGCAACUCACCUUUGUGGAGCAUCUACUUUUCUCGCGGGUCCCAGCCCAUGAAUUCUUGAAUCUCGCAUGGAUGAAACAAGAUAAACACAUACGAGCCCCCAACAUCCUACGAGUCAGUCAGCGGUUCAAUGAGACAAGCGCUCUUGUUGCGUCAGAGAUCCUUAAGCGCCAGUCCCCCUCUGCCAGAGCGACCGUCAUCGAGAAAUGGGCGAGUGUUGCCGAGGUGUGCCGUAAUUUGCAUAAUUUCAACUCUGUGCUGGAGAUCACGUCAGCAUUCAUGACCAGCUCUGUGUUCAGACUUAAAAAAACCUGGGAGAAGGUCUCGAAACAGGCCCGCUCGCAAAUCGAAAAGCUCCAAAAGGUCGUUAGUGCUGAAGGAAGGUUCAAGAACAUGCGAGACGCUCUCAGAUGUGCGGACCCUCCGUGUGUCCCGUAUCUCGGGUUCUACCUGACAGACCUCGCCUUUAUCGAAGACGGAACGCCCGACUGCAACGAGGACGGACUUGUGAACUUCUCCAAAAUGAGAAUGAUCGCCCAAGUUAUCCAGGAAAUACGUCACUAUCAGCAGACGCCGUACGCGAUACAGGGUGACCGCAAGGUGAUCCACUACUUGACCGCCAAAGAGCUUUUGAUGGACGAGGACGCUCUCUACCGCACAUCUCUUCUACUCGAACCUCGAAAACGCACUUCUUCUAAAGGAAAAGUCCCCUUUGAAACAGAGAUUUAGAACCGAGAACAUUCGACGAGAAAACUAACGAUAACCUUAGUGUAGAGCACAAUCCAAUUACUAAAUAACCGAUAUUGGGGCAUGCUUAAAGUUCAGCUGAUGAUUGCUCAUGCACCAAUGGUAUUGCUUCUGGAAUCUCUCAACUGGUACGCGGGCUGAGUGUUACAGGACAGGGGAGUGUGACUUCGAGCUCUUUAUAAGAACUUGUAGAUAUCAAAGCGAGUAAGCGUUGAACGAACAUUUUAAGAUAUCUCAAGUUUUUUAA